CGUUAAUUUCCUGGCUCAAGUCUUUCGAUAGAUUUGGACCACCUCCUCUCUUUGUCGUCACAUCACACCGCUACAAAAGCUACAUGGAGAAAUUGGACGCGGUCGAAACCGGCCAGCAAAGCGGAUUUGAAAGCGUCGUAGUAUCAGCAGAUGCGAAAUGAAGACUUUAAACGCGCUCAUACGGUCGGCGAGCUGCGUGUGUUCCCGGCAAGUCCAGCGCGUUGCGGCGCCGGGGCAAUGCGGUCUGUGCAGUAAGCCAAGCUUCGGGUUGUUGUUUGAUAUUGAUGGGGUAUUAGUCCGGGGGAAAACCCCCAUCCCAGCAGCAACAAGAGCUUUCCAGAAGCUGGUGGACUCAAAGGGGCAGUUUGUGGUUCCGGUCGUCUUUGUCACAAAUGCUGGCAACUGCUUGCGGCAGAAGAAGGCAGAUCAGCUGUCUCACAUACUGGGUGUUGCUAUAUCUCCAGACCAAGUCAUGAUGUCUCACAGCCCUUUGAGAAUGUUCAAGAAAUACCAUGACAAGUGUGUGCUGGUGUCUGGACAGGGUCCUGUGCUUGACAUUGCCAAAAAUGUGGGCUUCACAAAUGUGGUAAGUGUUGACAUGCUGCGAGAGUCUUUCCCCCUGCUGGACAUGGUGGAUCACAACAGACGGCCCAAACUACCAUCUUCCCCUGUGGUGAACCUCCCCAGAGUUGAAGCUGUGGUUCUGUUUGGGGAGCCCAUUCGAUGGGAAACAAACUUACAACUGAUCAUUGAUAUCCUUUUGACCAAGGGGAAUCUGAGCAAUGCGUACAAGAGCGCUCACGCCUCUCAUCUGCCACUCUUAGCAUGUAACAUGGAUCUGAUGUGGAUGGCAGAGGCACAUUCACCAAGAUUCGGUCAUGGCACUUUCAUGGUGUGUUUGGAGAGCAUAUAUAAGAAGAUCACUGGCAAAGAUCUCAAGUAUGAGGCCCUGAUGGGGAAACCCAGUGAACUGACGUACCAUUUUGCUGAGUACCUCAUUAGACAGCAAGCAGAAGAGAGAGGCUGGAGUGCGCCAAUCAGAGCUCUUUAUGCUAUUGGGGACAACCUGAUGACUGAUAUUUAUGGUGCCAACCUCUACAAUCGCUACCUCAAGGAAAGAAUAGCCAGGAAGACCACCAAAGCAGUGGCAAAGGUGGUGACUGGCACUGGGGUGCCCACAUCUGUCUCGCAGGAGGUGGACAUGGACAAUGGUUGGGAAAGUGAGCUCGCGUCGCCAUCUGCCAUAUCCUGCAAGUCUAUUCUGGUGUGCACAGGAGUCUUUAAUCCACACAUGGAGUUGCCUAAAGAUGCUAACCAGUGUAUCAAAGAGACAGUCUUCCACGGGCACCGUGACUUCCGUUUUGACCCUGCGCUGGUUGAGCCGGAGAGAAUCGUACAGGAUGUGGAUGCUGCUGUUGAACUCAUAUUUGAGAUGGAAAAGUUUGGGACAGAAGUUUAGUUAAAUUAAAGGAAUAGUUUACCCAAGAAUCAUUUACAUAGCCCCAUGUCAUUCUAAACCCAUGGCUGUUCAUCUUCUAUGAAACACAGAAGGAGACAUUUUGAAGAGUGAACUGUUCAUUUCUUUCCAUGCAAUUAUUAAGAAUGGGGUUUGGAGCUUUCAAGCUUCAAAAAGAACGCAAAAGCACCAUAAAAGUAUUAUUUAAGGAUCUUAAAAGUAGUCCAUAUGACUCAUGUAUUACCGAUCUUGAUAUCUGGCUUCGAUCUCCUUGACGAUCAUGAAAGAAAUAACUUGUUUGAUGAACAAAUUAUUUUUUUGAGUUAAAUCUUCAAAUUGAUUGAUUGAUCUUGUUCACAAAACCAUACAGAUCUCAAUGAUAUAUUCAUAGUAGUUAACAGCUAUCUAGAAAAGAAGAUUAUCAGUGACUAAUGGCAAUCCGGGUGGCAGAGGAUGAAUCUCAGUUACCUCCGCAUCUGAGACCAUCAAUCUGCACAUCACAUGGCUUGUUGAGCGCGUUAACAUGGAGACAUUGCACGCGUGGAGGCUUCACGCUAUUCUCCACGGCAUCCAUGCACAACUCCCCACUGAGAGAGAGAACCACAUUUUAGAGACCACGAGAAGGUUACCCCAUGUGACUCUACCCUCCCUAGCAACCGGGCCAAUUUGGUUGCUUAGGAGACCAGGCUGGAGUCACUCUGCACGCCCUCGAUUCGAACUGGCGACUCCAGGCCUGGUAGUCACUGAGCUACCCAGUUCCCCCCAUUUUUGCUUUUUUAAAGAAAAGGAGGUGGCGAGUCGAAAUUCCUUUUUGUGGUAAUCAACAUUAUGCCACAAGUGCUGUCGAUUGAGCUUAACUUGUAAUGAAACAUGAGUAACCCUUUAAAUUUCUCAAACAAAGCUGUCAUAAGUUACUUUUGUUGCCUUUCUGAGGCUUGAAAGCUCCAGUCCCCAUUUUAUGUAAUUGCAUAGAAACAAACGACCAGUACAUUCUUCUAAAUGUAUCUGAGAGUUAUUAAAUAAUGACUGAAUUUGUAUUCUAAGGUGCAUUAUUAACAUACUGAUAUUACUUAUUGUGUCGCAAUGUUUAGUACUAUGCUAUGCUGUCUACUGUCUUAUAUUACAGAGUAUUUUCAUUUUAGUAUGUUGUUUUUGGAGAAAACCUCAACAAAUAAGCACAACCCAUAACUGACAAACCAGGAGCAAUCUUUAAAGAUGUUGUGUCAUUUUAGCUUAGUUAACAUGAUUUCAUUUUAACACUAUGAAAUGUUUGUGUCCGCAGUAUUUUUUCAUAAUCUAUUAAAUUCAUUAUCUUAGUAUGCCCCUAAGCAGACUGAGCAGAUUUGUUUCUGUUUUGGAUAUCCUACUAUCUAGUGUGAUUCGAUAUACAUAGUAUACCUGCAGUACACUGUAUGGGGGAAGGGGGGUUGUUAGUGGUUGGGUCUGAAUCUAGAUUUUAAGGGCUAUCAGUCUGCCUGAGGAUUUUCUUUAAUAAACAGUGCUGUAUAAGUCCAUACACCUAUUAAUACUGUUAUUGUCACAAUAGUUUGACAUUGUUAAAGCCUAUCUCAAAUUACAGUAUUUUAAGUCUAAGCUUUUUUAGUAUUCCCAGUUGUGUGACAAAUAAUAAGAAUGCAGUACUUAUGCAAUACUGCAUCAGCCAUGUCAUCUUCAUUGUGCCAUAAGACAAAUGUUCAGAAGUGUUCAGAGUAUUGUUUAAUCACGGUUACAUCAGUAAUUGUUACAUCCUACACAACUUCUUCUAAGACUAUGUUUUAUUUGUUUUUUGUUACAUUGAUAUUAAGGUUUUAUUUUUAUUUUGUAUUCAGUACAGUACAUAUUUGUACUGGGGAAAAAAACAACAAUCUUAUGGAUAUUCUUUGAAGAUAAAGCAGGUUUAGUAAAGUCAAGCACCAAUACUGUUAUUCAGCAAAUGUGCAAAAGUAUUAUACAAAAUUAAUAAAGGAUGGACAUAAUAUCCUUUUCAUCCCUUGAAACAAAAGAUAAAUUAUGGAUAUGGAAGAUUAUAUUUCUUGUUAAAGAUCAUUUAGAUGGAUUCUUCAUAAAAAGGAAGAAUGAGAAUUUCUCUUACACAUAAUUUAUGCUGUGACAAUUGUAUUGAUAAAAUAACAAUUUAACAUCAAAUACAAAUGGAUUACGUCUUUCAAGCAAAGCAUUUCAAUUAAUUGACAAAAUGACAUAAAAUGCAUAGUAUUAAAACAUGAUGACAUUAAAAACAAACUAUAAUGUUAUAUUGCCACCAAUACCAAAAAGUUUUAAAGGCACAAUAUAUAAUCUUAGGAAUCCUCUUCCAAUGUAAUUUACCAUUGUAAAGUACAUUUGGCAUAACUGUAUUUCAAAUACGGUCUUCUUUCACUCAUAUGCUUAAGCAAACAUUCUGUAUAAUUUUUUCAAAACAAUGAAAGAUAUAAAAUUAAACUCUUUACAUUCUUCAAAGUUAACCACCAUAUAGUAUACUGAAUAUACAGUACAUAUUGAUUCAUUAUAAAACACAGAAACAUCAAUCAGCUAUAUAUAUAUAUAUAUAUAUAUAUAUA